AUUAAACACACAAACAUUGUCAAAGCAUAAAUAAAGACCCAUCACCUAUUAUUUGUCAAACCUCCCUCCUCUUUCUUUGUAUAUUUCUACUAAUUUGAUCUCAAUCUUCAGCCAUGUCUGAAGACAGAAGAGAUCUCUACUACCAUGAUCCAUUUCAUGAUGAUCAAAGAACCAAUGAGACUCUUUUCUCAUUCUUUGGCCCUAAUUCCACCGUUAGAGAUGAUUCUUCAACACCUAAUCAUCAAAGAUUUGAUCCUGACUACAUGGGUCCAACUCCUUUUUUCACUGGAUCUACUGAUUACAACACUUUUGGUUACUCAUCUUCAUCAUCACAACAACUUUUUUCUUUUCAAGAUGAUCAAAAGCCGGUUAUGGAUACCGGAAACAACUUGCUUGGUGUGAUUGAGACUACUCCUGUUACACCCAACUCUUCUUCGAUUCGUUCAUCAUCUACUGAUGAUGAGCAUGAGCUUAAAGAAGGUAAGAAAGAGAAUCAAUCGAAAGACAUAGCCGAAAAUGGAGGAGACAGCUCUAAGAAAGUGGUUAAGCAAAACAAGAAAGACGAAAAGAAGAAAAGAGAGCCUCGGUUCGCCUUUAUGACAAAGAGUGAUAUCGAUCAUCUUGAAGACGGAUAUCGAUGGAGGAAAUAUGGACAGAAAGCCGUCAAGAAUAGUCCUUAUCCCAGGAGCUACUAUCGAUGCACGACUCAAAAAUGUACAGUUAAGAAGCGCGUGGAACGAUCAUAUCAAGAUCCAUCAACUGUGAUCACCACAUAUGAAGGGCAACAUAACCACCACUUACCAGCAACACUGAGAGGAAGUGUUGGUGGUGGAAUGCUGUAUCCGCCGUCUAUGAUGGCGGCACAAGGCGCGAUGAUGACGAUGGCCGGCGGAUCAAGCUUCCCUCAUGAGUUUCGUUUCUACAACUCUAUCAGUGGUGGUGGCGAUGGCAGCAGCGGCGCUGGAGGUGGUGGUUCGAUCUACCAGCAAACCAGUCUAACCCCAAUUCAGCAACUUCAGCUUCCUGAUUAUGGCCUUUUACAAGAUAUGGUCCCAUCCAUGACUUUUAAACAAGAACCCUGAGUUCGACCGGACCCCUACCUCCCCCAAGAGAAUAUCUGACCUUUUGUUGACUUUCACCAUUUUAUUCAUGUGUAGGGUAAUGUUUUUGCAUCAUACUGAUAUAUAAACACCUACUUGCUUAUAUGUAAUUAUACUUUUAGUGCAUCCAUCUAUAUAGAAACUAUUAUUCUUC